CAGCUGUGGCCCUCACAGGGCGCGCUCGCUGGCUCUCACCUGACAGGUCCCUGGCCUCAGGACGACAGCCAGCCCCAACAAUCUCCCUACAUGAGGGACAAAGCGACGCAGACCCCCAGGGCCUGGGCAGAUGAGAGGAGGAGGGGCUCUCACAAACGCUCGGCCUCCUGUGGGAGCACCGACCAGCUCAAGGAGAUUGCCAAAUUGCGUCAGCAGCUUCAGCGCAGCAAACGCAGCAGCCGCCAUCGGAGGGAUAAAGACCGAAAGUCCCCGUUCAAUGGCAGCCAUGCCAUCAUCCAGUCGCAGUCACCUAUGCCCAAGACCAUCCUGAUACCCAUCCCUAUAUCCAAGUCAUCGGCCCCUCGUUUCCGCAACAGCGUGGAGGGACUCAACCAGGAGAUUGAACGUAUCAUUAUACGAGACACCCCUGAAAAGGAAGAGACCAUCGUUGAUGUCCCAGAUGGGCACCGUGCACCCCCACCCGUACCCCCACAGCGCAGCAGCAGCACACGCAGCAUCGACACACAGACCCCCUCAGGGGGCGGCCUGAGUGGUAACCAUAGCAAUUGCAGUAGCCGUCCCGACUCCAUCUCGCCCUCCUACCUCACCGUCCUCAAUGACACGGUUGGAGGCAGCCCCUAUGAGGACAAAGUCUCCCCUCUCUGCCCGUCCUCAGAGCUGGGCCCCUGCUCCCCGCUGCCAAAAUACGCUGCCUCUCCCAGACCCAACAACAGCUACAUGUUCAAGAGAGAACCUCCAGAGGGCUGCGAGAAAGUCAAAGUGUCUGAGGAGACCAUGCCCAAACCUCUGCAGGACAUCCCUCCCUUUUUGUGUCCCGACCGCAACAAGGUCAACUUCAUCCCUAACAGCGGCUCUGCCUUCUGCCUCGUCAGCAUCCUCAAGCCCUUACUCCCAGCCCCGGACCUCAGCUUUCGCUCCGGGGUGGGCCUCCGAAGCCUGUCCCCGUCCCUCGUGCCUCUGUCCACCCAGCCCUGCCUCCUGGAGGAGCCCGAGAGCUUCUGACGGCCCACCAAGGCUUUAAGUCACCACAGCCCCCAAAAGAACCCCCCACCCCCUACAAAAUCAGAAAACAUUUACUAGGAAACAACCCUUCUGCUCCAAAAAAGAAGAAAAAAAUGCCUUCAGCAUGCCAGCUAAGCUCUCUCUGAUGUCCUUAUCUUGUUGAAAAAGCGCUUCCCACUGCCUCUCCUCCUCAGACGACGACAACAACGUGAGAGUCCUGCAGCCCUGUGCAGGUAUUUUGCAGCUAACAUUUCAUCGCUUUCUUCUACCUUUAGUGCUGGUUAUGUUCCUGUUUUUUGGGAGGAAAAGGGCGAAAGGACCGACUCUUUUAUUUCAUCGUACUAUACCAUGGCGCCUUUCCACGGACAUAUCUCUUUUUCUAUCUGUAGUUAUUUCUCUUGAUAUAAAAUAUGCCUUCCAUUAUAAAAAAAGAAAUAAAAAAAAAAAAAAGGCCGCUGGUUUUCUUGGCGACCAAGAGUUUGACCACAGAGGCUAAUUUUGGUGCUGCCAGAUGUAUAUCGUAGCAAAACUUGAAUGGUCGUGACAAGGAGAAGUUAAAAAAAUGUGCCUGAUAUUUUAGACCGCUCGGUUUCUCUAAACCAGCGUAGUGCUCUGAUCAUGUCUGUUUCUUUAGCAUGACGCACAUGAUGUUUGCACUACGGUGGGCCAUAGAUACACACAGAAAGGCAGGAAAAUCUGAAAAGUAAGUUGGUACACAGACUACGCGUAGAAACAAUGCAUAUUAAGACCACCUGUGACCUAAACCUAGACAUCGGUUUAGUACUUUCUUCAGCCAUUUCCAGUGCGAGCUGACUGUAAACUGGUACAAGCUGAUGCCUGUGUUACACUAACUGGUAGCAGGGAACUGGUCCCCUGCCGGCUGCUGUGUAUCUAUGGGAAACACAGGCCAGGGCUAUGAUGUGUGCAGCGUGUUCAACCUGUGUCUGCCUGCCCCUCCUUCCCAAGCGCCAGCCUUUGCUCAAAGUGUCCCCCCCCCCCCCCCCCCCCCCACACACACACACACACACUUUUUACUCCACGUCCAUCACAGCCACCCCUUUCUGUUCCUCCUUUUUCCAGCUCCUUCUCUCCUUUUCUUUCCCUCACCGUCACUGUAAUGCUGAUUUCCCCUUCUGUUUUGCUCAGCUAGCGUUGUUGUGAAAUGCGUCCAGAAGGGCCUCGUCCUCGCAGGACAGGCUGCCUCUGGCUCGCAGGGCCCUGAGCAUGGAGAGGUCGCUGAACCCAAACACUGCUCUGCAAACCAUAAGGGUACAUUUACAUAACAAUGGCUUGACAUGCCUCUUAACUUUUCAAUAAAGUUUCCACAUCAGUCCACAUUGCUUAAGUGCAAACCUUAAUGACCACAAGCCCGCAACUUUAAUGUUUUUGGUCCAUUUAAGGAAUGGCUGUAGCUCUUUUAAUUAUGCCAUGCUGUUUCUGCCCUCUUUCUCUGUGAUUGAAUGGUAUCUCUAUGAACCAAACUACUACACAUACUGUACAAUAUGUUCCCUUCAAAAGCAGAGAAAAUACAAACUACUUUUCUUUAUCUACUACAAUCUAUUGAAAUUGAAAAAGGCUGAAACAUAAUUUACAUACACACGUUGUCCCACAUGGUAAACACCACCUGAUUGAGACCGGCGACACAUUUGGAUGUCUGGAGUGUAGUUUGUUGGUUGGCAGCGUCUCCACGCCCCGGGCCAUCUUCCUGUAAAUGUCAUUACUACUUGACUGUGCCUGCUACGGUGCGAUCGGAAUGUACUGGGUUUGUAAAUAUAGAGGCACACUGUGUUUGUAUUAUCGGCUGACUAAGAUAUGUAACUGAAUGAGUCAACUUGUACCAUAUCCCCCCCCUCCUGCUUUUCUCCGCUGAGUACUGUGAAUUACUACAUGUCUCAUUAUUGUGAAUAAUAAUGCAUUUAUUUAUCAGGAGUGUAAUUUGGUCUUCAGAGAAUUUUAAGAAUAGAUUACGUCGUCCAUCUCAGGUUGUAGUGAAUAGGAUACAAAAAAAAGAUAUAAAACUUCUCAGCGCACACUAACAAGUCUACUCUACUAUUAGGGAGGGGGGGCAAACCAACAGCUGCUAUCUAUGUAGCCUCCUGAAUGAUAGAAACCUGUAGCAGAGUAGAAGUAGUGAGAAGUGUGGAUGUCAUUUAUUCAGUGACCUGAUUUGGCAUGAGUAAUGUUUCUCAAAUGAAAUAAGUGAAGAAAGGAAGAGUUCUGUUCCAAAAUGAAAUAUCCACUUGCUGAAAAACAAUCACACACCUACAGCCACAUGUUCUGAUCAGUGGUUUUUAGACAUCCGUUUACCCAAAAAAAAGUAGUUUGAAAGAGCAGAUUCAUACAUGUAGAAAUACAGAUUUAUUUCAGAUAUCAACUUUUUCUUUUUCAAAGUGGAUAAACAACAUUUUGGAACGAGGCUGUACACAAGAAACACGAUUCUGUUUGCUUGUCCAGUUUAUUGGAAACAGAACUGCCAAGUUGUCAUCUGUUAAACCCCUCGAGUGAAAUAAAAAGGCAUAGUUGAAUUAAAUAAAAGCAUUUGUGAUUGA